AGGUGGUGCCAGUGAAUGCUAGCCCAAGUGCUUGGGAAGCGGCCAGAUACUUCCUGCACUUGGCUGAAAACUAUGACAAGCUUUCCGACUUCACGAUCUUCUUACAUCCUGAUGUCUUCGAACAUGUGAACCCCCGGACCUUGCGCAACGUGCUGCUCUCCUUGCGCGUGGGGACCUUUGGUCUGAGUGGUCAAGAUCAGGAGUGGUUCAAGUAUCUCUCCCUCUCGCACCACUACCUGCUACGACCUUCUCGAGCCCGUUUUGCUUCGACCAAUUGCACUGAGGCGGACUUGGGCUUUCAGGAUCUGUGGCAGCAGUUCUUCCCCAAAGCGCCCGACUUCGACUGGUACUCCCAGGAGAACACCAACUUCGGUUUCUAUUGCUGCUCACAGUUCCUUGUACACCGGGAGCUGGUGCAAAGGCGUCCGCGCCAAUGGUAUUGGAGCAAGGCCAAUGAGAUUAGCUGGGAACAUUGUGCCACCAGCUAUAUGGAGCUGAUCUGGCAUGGCAUCUUCAGAGGCAAAUUGCACGAGCAAAAGCGCCAGGAGCGGAGAGAGCUUCCCUUGUUUCUGCGCGUCGACAACUUCAUCGAGGCGACGGCCGAGGGCUUGGUAUGAGCGAGCUCCGAGCCUGGUGGAGACGGUGUCCCAAGGCCUCGGCGCCACGUCUUUGGACGCUCCCCGGCUUCGGUCCUGGAGGGUUUGGUACGGUGAGGGUCUCUAGGUUCGUUUGGAGGAUGCAGAACAGCUGGAAAAUGCAGAACAUGCAACAGAUGGAAGGCCGGGAAGCGAAACGCAGAAGCUAUUGGCCCAGCAUCCCCUCAAUGCUGAAGAUGCAUGUUUCCUGUGCGAGCUCUUCUUGAAACACUUCUUCUAGGAUACUGUUGGAACGCUGCGGGCUAUGCAACAAUGGUUCUGAAACUGCCAAGUGAAAGCCGAUUUGAUUGGGAAAGCGAUUGAAGAUCACCGAACAAGGCUCCUCCGGAAGUCUGGACGUUGCGGCACUUCUUUUUACUGACCCUGACUGUGGGCCAACGGACCAGGCCAGCAGACCAGCCCGGCAGGCCAGCCCGACCACCGCGCGCUAUGCAGCUCGGUGCUGGACCCGCCCUGCCACACAAGCGGCUGGUCGACGCCUUUGUGUUGCCGUUCGAAAAGUGCAAGACAUGCAUCUCCUCCGAUCUCCGAUCUCCUUGCCGACGAUUCUUUUUCUGAGCUGAGAUCUCUCACUCUGAGCGCCAGAAUCGACCGAACUCGUCACGAAGACCUGCCAGACUUGCGGAAAACUGUGGGUCAGAGGCAGAUCUGAUCGGUUCUUUUUUUGGUGUGGCCGAAUCCUUCAGCCACACCAAUGGUGGAAGAUGGAGAGAACCUGGCGACGAGGCGUUUCCAAA